AUGAAUGCGUGGAAAAAUCCCCAAGCGGGAAUGGAGAUGGAGGAUUUUGCGGAACCCUGUCCUCAGUAUCAGAGAGAUCCCGGCUGCGAGCACGUCUUUGACCUUCCAAGUCAAAUCUGUCGUCGCCUGCAGGAGAAGGGCUUCGAGUACGCCUCCGUUUGGUUGAUGGCGUUGGUGAGAAAUCAGGGCGUCUCCCAGGUCGGUCGCCAAACUGCUUUCGAGGUGGUGGACGAUGCUGAUGCUUGGAUUUUGGGAAACGACGGGGAGGCGAAAUCGAAGACUUUCUACCAUGCAAUUUCCUGGCGUCUCCGUCCCUCGAAAAUUGCCGCCUCCAACGUGGUUCACGAGGUGGUCGAUCAGGACGUUGCCCCGGUCCUAGAGGCGCCGAGCGUUCUGCUUCUGGAUAUCCAGAAUGUGGUGAAUGAGGUCGACCUCCUCCUCGAUUUGCGUCUCUGUCCCGCGGUCGAUGAUGUGGAUGUCUCGGGCGCGGAUCCUCUUCGCCUCGCCAGCGAUUCUUCAUUGAUGGACUCCUUCGAGACCUCGCCAUGUAAUGCGGGCCGGCAUUUGCAAAGAUGUGGUCGGUAG